AUGUCACAAUACAAAACGCCAAAUAAGCGAGGGUCGGUAAAGAAGGAGGCCCCAAAAGGUAGAGCCAAAGCGGUGGAUUUGGUGACUGGUAAAACCGUAGUCGAGUACUUUUUCGAUCCAACCCUCGUGAUUGAAGAUGGCAGCAACAACAACAACAGCAGCAAUAAGUCCAAGAAAGGUCAAGAUCCAAACGACAUUUUCCUGAAUUCCAAGCAUCUCUUUGUUCCAUGCAAGGUUAUCAAAUCCCUCAAGGAAGAUGACAACAGUAAUAAUAACAAUAACAAUAAUAAUAAUAAUAACAAUGGAAACGGCAAGAAAAAGAACAAGGGCAAAAAGAAACGACAGUCCAUGGAAGAAACCACAGACGUUACCAGUGGACCAGCCUUGGUCAAAACGCCGGAUGGAACCUUGUACAAGGUCAAGUCGGUCAGUCAAAUGUCUGCCUUGACGGCACCGGACGAUUACAUGGGCAUGCAAGAUGUUUUGCAUCUGGCCAAUGUCAGCGAAGCUAGUUUACUACACACUCUGCGAGUUCGGUACAAACGAGACGAUAUUUACACCAGCGCGGGACCCAUUUUGAUUUCCAUCAAUCCCUACAAAGCUAUCCGAAAAUUUGAUGGAGAAUCCUUGUAUUCGGACGAAAUUAUGAUGAGUUAUAGGAGUGCAGAUGCCUUUGCGGAGGAGGAACCCCACUUGUUUCAAGUUGCCGAUCGGGCGUACACCCAUUUGAUGGAUUCCGUCCACAAUGUUCCACAUUUGGAAGAUGACGACCAUGAUGUCAUGGUGGAUGGAGAUGCUCAACUUGGACAAGCCCCUGGAGAACCAAGGAAUCAAUCGAUCAUUAUCAGUGGAGAGAGUGGUGCUGGAAAAACAGAGGCUACCAAAUAUAUCAUGAAGUAUCUGGCACGGAUUACAAAGAAAAAGGGUGACAAUGAGGUUGUCAAGUCACCGGAUGGAAAGAUUGCCGCUUCGUUGGAGGAUCGAGUCCUCUCUUCCAACCCUCUACUAGAAUCCUUUGGUAAUGCACAGACUCUUCGCAAUGACAACUCGUCGCGUUUUGGAAAGUUUAUUCACAUCAACUUUAGCACCGACACUGGUGCCAUUGUCGGUGCUCAAAUUUCCAAUUACCUUUUGGAAAAGACCAGAAUCACCACACAAAUUGAUGGAGAACGAAAUUAUCACAUUUUCUAUCAACUUCUGGCUGGAGCAGGAGCCGAGACUCUUGCAAAACUUGGAAUGGAUGGUGGUGCUUCAACCUUUCGAUACCUCGGCUCAAACAAUGUGGUCGCCAGUGAGAAGGAUGCCAGCGAUUUUGCGGAAACAUUAGAGUGCUUGGCACGGAUUGGUCUUGCUACUGAAGACCAUCAGACUAUCUUUGGCUUGGCAGCAGCCGUUUUGCAUUUGGGAAACGUCACUUUUGAAGAAGGCGAGGAGCAUGUUGCAAAGGUGUGCGAGGAUACCCUACCUUCCUUGCAAAAGGCUUGUGAGCUUCUGGGACUGGAGCAGGAGGCAGUCAAGGAAGCUAUUUUGACCAAGAACUUGAGUAUCAAUGGCAAGACCAUCAAGAAGCCUUCCACUGUCGCCAUGGCGGAAGAUAAACGUGAUGCCCUUGCCAAAAUGACGUACUCUUGUGUCUUUUUGUGGCUGGUCAAAUCGAUCAAUGAAACUUUAACAGUUGCCUCCCAGAGCAAUGGUGAGACAAAGGUUGGAUUCAUUGGUGUCUUGGAUAUCUAUGGAUUCGAAACCUUUGAAGUGAAUGGAUACGAACAGUUGCUGAUCAACUACUGUAACGAAAAGUUACAACGCCACUUCAACCGUCACUUGUUCGAGGUGGAACAAAACCUUUAUUCCUCCGAAGGAGUUGAUUGGACUUAUAUUACAUUCAAUGACAACCGCCCUUGUCUCGAACUGAUUGAAGGUGGCUCGGGAACCGUAGGUAUUCUGAAUACAUUGGAUGAUUCCUUUGCUGGUAUGGGAACUUCUGCCGAAAAAGAUGGCAAAUUUGUCAACCAGUUGCACAAGCUAUUUGGUAGCGGAACUGGAACCCAAAAGAAAGACGGUCACAAAUACUUUAUUACACCCAAGUUUGGAAACGAUCGCACGUUCAUCAUUGUACAUUAUGCAGGAGAGGUUAAAUACACUGUUGACGGAUUUGUUGAACGCAACAUGGAGAGCCUCACCAACGAAUUGAAAGAUCUUGGAGCAUCCUCGACAGUGGAGCUUGCCAAGUCGGUAUUUUCUUGUGCAAACAAUGACCAAGAAGUCACGCAAAAGAAUGACAGCCGCCGAUCUUCCAUUCGAGGAUUUAGUGUUGCUUCACAGUUCAAGCUAUCACUUCAAGCCCUUGUCGAAGAUCUUGAACUCACACAACCCCACUACAUUCGUUGCAUAAAGCCGAACCUCAGAAAGGCCCCCAACUCUUUCGCAGCGGGCGAUAUCUUGAAACAACUGAGAUACUCUGGAAUGAUGGAAGCAAUCAGAAUCCGUAGGGAAGGUUAUGCCCUUCGAGAAGACCACCAGAGUUUCUACAAUCGCUUCUCGGUGCUUCUUGGUCCCGCAGAAAUUGAGGGCGAGGCUGGUAUUGAGCAACUUGUCGAUGUGCUUUCAAAGCGUCUGAACGUAACGGACGCAGAUUGGCAAAUUGGCCAUUCUAAGAUUUUUUUACGUCGUGAGCUAUCUGACAAACUGGAAAGGCUCGCCGCUCUGAGAGUUCACUCGGCAGCUCGAACGGUUGGUAGGUUCGGAAAGUUCGUCUCGCAUCGCCGCCUAUCACAGCUCCUCGUGGCUUGGACUCGAUUUCGCAUUGUUAUGCUCAAGAAAUACAAACGCGAGAGAGCUGCGACCAAGAUCGCGUCAUUCCAUCGUUCUAAAAUUGAGGUGCAGAGAUAUAACGCAGAACGAAAAUCUGUGAUUACAGUGCAAUCCUUGCAAAGACGUCGUGUAGCUAUCCAAACGGCUCGAAAGAUUCGAGACCCAUAUUGUGAUAUGACUUACCAAGACAUCAAGGGUCUCCUCAAAACUGAGAAGGCAAAAUUGGAUGAAGCAGUUAAUGCAAAAGACUUCAAGACAGCUGCAAUGCUUGAGGCGAAAAUCGAUGAGAUCAAUAAAGUUUUGGAUGAGAGAGAACCCAUGACCCGGAAGAAACUCGAAGGGCUGAUUGAGAAAUGCCAAAUUAGCCUUGAUGAGGCGCUGAAGCGCAAAUCGUACACAGAGGCAGGUCCAUUGCAAGAAGAGCUUGAUGUGCUAAUCGCGCAGCGAAAGGAUCUUCCAACAAUGGAAGAGUUGAAAGAAGCGGUGAAGACAGCUGAAGCACAUCUAGCAGAGGCGGUGAAGAAUCGCGACUUCGCAGGUGCAGCAACCUCCCAGACGGAAUUGGAUGAAGCAAAGGCGAAGUAUGCUGCUGCGAAGGAAGCCGAAGGAGAAGCCGAUGAAAUUGGCGAAGCCGAAGAGGGAAAACAGGGCGUAGUUAUUGAAGGAAUCGAGUCCCGUGCUGAUCUCGAGAAAGAAAUCGGAAAGAUGCAAUCCAAUGUCGACGAGGCAAUCGCCAAGAAAGACUUCAAGGGAGCAUCGGCAUUGCAGGCGUCCCUUGAUGAACGUCUGAAACUUCGCGUCUUCUUCCCGUCAGUCGGGGAGCUUGAAGAGCAAGUGUCCGAAGCAAAGAAGAAAAUGGACCAAUGUAUUGCAAACAAAGAUUUUGCAGGCGCAGAGAAGCUUCAUGCUGAUCUCGAAAAAGUCGAGAAACUUCUUGAAGCUGAAAAGGCGAAAGAAGCCGAGGAGCCAGCAGUAUCAACGCCAUCUUCGUUUUCGGUCACUCUGAUCGAUGGGGAAACAAAAGAAUUUGAUUCGAGACAUGAUUUGGAAGAAGCCAUAAAGGAAACAAAGAAGAAGCAGAACGACGCCGUCUCAGCUAAAGAGUUCAAAAAAGCUGAAGCGAUUCAGAACCUGAUUGAAUCUAUGGAAAAUCUUCGCACCCAUCUUCCUACGAUCAGUGACAUUACGAAUGAUAUCAGGAAGAAGCAAGGCGAAAUGAAGAAGGCUGUUGAGGAAAAACGUUUCUCGGAUGCCGAAGCUCUUGAUAAGGCGAUCACUGAAUUAGAAACAAAGCUUUCGAAAGAGAAGGAAAAGCUUCCGGAGCAAGUUUCACCCGAAGUUUUGGCUUCGAAGAGUCCAAAUGUAUCGUCUAGAGCUUCGGUUAAAUCGGCUACAGUAGUUGGUGGAGCAAAAGUCCCCAAAACACCAACCCAUGCUCCUCGAGUAGUGGCAGCCAAGACUCCUUUAGGCCGAAAAGAUGCCACAGAUGACGUCUCCGAUCUCACAUCUGUGAAAUCUUUGAAAUCAAGGGCGAGCAAAGUUUCAAAGGCCCCAACGAAAACAAUAUCCAAGAAACUUGACAUGAUGGCUGAAAGCCGUCCCGUGUCGAAGCUUCGUCCUAAGAAGCCAUUGAUUUCAUCCACAGAUGAUAGCGUGCUUGCUGUCACUCAGAUGCUGGCCAGCAAGCGUGGUGACGCAUCGUUGAUCGUCAGCGACGAAGGUGGUCUCGCUGGAAUCAUCACUGAUACAGACAUCACGCGUCGACUCGUGGCAAAAAAUCUCAAUGCUGCAUCUACAAGUGUUUCGUUGGUGAUGACACCGAAUCCCACUUGUGUAUCCACAACCGACGCCGCUAUGGAUGCGAUGUCUACAAUGGUCGAGAAUCACUUCCGACAUUUGCCAGUUAUUGAUGAACAGGGAGGUGUCGUUGGAUUGCUGGAUAUUGCCAAGUGUUUGAACGAUGCAAUCAGCAAAUUGGAGAAAUCUCAAUCAAAGACUGACGACUCUGCACAGGUAGCCCUACAACAAGCGAUGACAGCACAAGGAGCACAGGGCGCCCAAGCUGCUGCUUUGCAUGCUCUUCUUGGUCCCUUGAUGGCAAAGGCGUUUGGGAAUCAAUCAGCGCCAACUCUUCGUAGCUUGCUCGCUGGGAAACCAGGUACAGUUGUUUCCCCCGAGACAUCAGUUCGAGAUGCUGGAAUGCUGAUGGCUGAGCGAAGAAAGGCUGCACUUGUCGUUGAUAAUGGCGAGCUGGUGGGUAUCUUUGGUUUCAAGGAUAUGAUGACUCGUGUUAUUGCGAAGGAGUUGUCUGUAGACUACACGGAGAUCAGUAAGGUGAUGACGCCGAAUCCAGAGGCCGUAUCUCCGGACCUGACUGUUGUGGAGGCACUGCAAACGAUGCACGACCACAAGUUUUUGACGCUGCCUGUUUGUGAGGACGAUGGUACGGUUGUUGGCUUGGUCGAUGUAAUGGAUGUGAUCUAUGGGUGUGGUGGAGCCGAAGGAUGGCGAUCAAUAUUUAAUAGUUCUUUGGAAAUGGACGAUCUGUCGGAUACAGCAUCAGUGCGGAGUGACAACCGAAGCAGUUCCGGAAGGUCUACUCGUUCCAAGAAAAGUCAGAGCAGCGUGGCCAAGGAAAUUCGUCCGGUGUCCAAACUCCGCCCGAAGAAGCCUUUGAUUUCGUCCACAGAUGAUAGUGUACUCGCUGUCACUCAGAUGCUGGCCAGCAAGCGUGGGGAUGCAUCGUUGAUCGUCAGCGACGAAGGUGGUCUCGCUGGAAUCAUCACUGAUACAGACAUCACGCGUCGACUCGUGGCAAAAAAUCUCAAUGCUGCAUCUACAAGUGUUUCUUUGGUGAUGACACCGAAUCCCACUUGUGUAUCCACAACCGACGCCGCUAUGGAUGCGAUGUCUACGAUGGUCGAGAAUCACUUCCGUCACCUGCCCGUUGUUGACGAGCAAGGAGGUGUCGUUGGAUUGCUGGAUAUUGCCAAGUGUUUGAACGAUGCAAUCAGCAAAUUGGAGAAAUCUCAAUCAAAGACUGACGACUCUGCACAGGUAGCCCUACAACAAGCGAUGACAGCACAAGGAGCACAGGGCGCCCAAGCUGCUGCUUUGCAUGCUCUGCUUGGUCCCUUGAUGGCAAAGGCGUUUGGGAAUCAAUCAGCGCCAACUCUUCGUAGCUUGCUCGCUGGGAAACCAGGUACAGUUGUUUCCCCCGAGACAUCAGUUCGAGAUGCUGGAAUGCUGAUGGCUGAGCGAAGAAAGGCUGCACUUGUCGUUGAUAAUGGCGAGCUGGUGGGUAUCUUUGGUUUCAAGGAUAUGAUGACUCGUGUUAUUGCGAAGGAGUUGUCUGUAGACUACACGGAGAUCAGUAAGGUGAUGACGCCGAAUCCAGAGGCCGUAUCUCCGGACCUGACUGUUGUGGAGGCACUGCAAACGAUGCACGACCACAAGUUUUUGACGCUGCCUGUUUGUGAGGACGAUGGUACGGUUGUUGGCUUGGUCGAUGUAAUGGAUGUGAUCUAUGGGUGUGGUGGAGCCGAAGGAUGGCGAUCAAUAUUUAAUAGUUCUUUGGAAAUGGACGAUCUGUCGGAUACAGCAUCAGUGCGGAGUGACAACCGAAGCAGUUCCGGAAGGUCUACUCGUUCCAAGAAAAGUCAGAGCAGCGUGGCCAAGGAAAUUCGUCCGGUGUCCAAACUCCGCCCGAAGAAGCCUUUGAUUUCGUCCACAGAUGAUAGUGUACUCGCUGUCACUCAGAUGCUGGCCAGCAAGCGUGGGGAUGCAUCGUUGAUCGUCAGCGACGAAGGUGGUCUCGCUGGAAUCAUCACUGAUACAGACAUCACGCGUCGACUCGUGGCAAAAAAUCUCAAUGCUGCAUCUACAAGUGUUUCUUUGGUGAUGACACCGAAUCCCACUUGUGUAUCCACAACCGACGCCGCUAUGGAUGCGAUGUCUACGAUGGUCGAGAAUCACUUCCGUCACCUGCCCGUUGUUGACGAGCAAGGAGGUGUCGUUGGAUUGCUGGAUAUUGCCAAGUGUUUGAACGAUGCAAUCAGCAAAUUGGAGAAAUCUCAAUCAAAGACUGACGACUCUGCACAGGUAGCCCUACAACAAGCGAUGACAGCACAAGGAGCACAGGGCGCCCAAGCUGCUGCUUUGCAUGCUCUGCUUGGUCCCUUGAUGGCAAAGGCGUUUGGGAAUCAAUCAGCGCCAACUCUUCGUAGCUUGCUCGCUGGGAAACCAGGUACAGUUGUUUCCCCCGAGACAUCAGUUCGAGAUGCUGGAAUGCUGAUGGCUGAGCGAAGAAAGGCUGCACUUGUCGUUGAUAAUGGCGAGCUGGUGGGUAUCUUUGGUUUCAAGGAUAUGAUGACUCGUGUUAUUGCGAAGGAGUUGUCUGUAGACUACACGGAGAUCAGUAAGGUGAUGACGCCGAAUCCAGAGGCCGUAUCUCCGGACCUGACUGUUGUGGAGGCACUGCAAACGAUGCACGACCACAAGUUUUUGACGCUGCCUGUUUGUGAGGACGAUGGUACGGUUGUUGGCUUGGUCGAUGUAAUGGAUGUGAUCUAUGGGUGUGGUGGAGCCGAAGGAUGGCGAUCAAUAUUUAAUAGUUCUUUGGAAAUGGACGAUCUGUCGGAUACAGCAUCAGUGCGGAGUGACAACCGAAGCAGUUCCGGAAGGUCUACUCGUUCCAAGAAAAGUCAGAGCAGCGUGGCCAAGGAAAUUCGUCCGGUGUCCAAACUCCGCCCGAAGAAGCCUUUGAUUUCGUCCACAGAUGAUAGUGUACUCGCUGUCACUCAGAUGCUGGCCAGCAAGCGUGGGGAUGCAUCGUUGAUCGUCAGCGACGAAGGUGGUCUCGCUGGAAUCAUCACUGAUACAGACAUCACGCGUCGACUCGUGGCAAAAAAUCUCAAUGCUGCAUCUACAAGUGUUUCUUUGGUGAUGACACCGAAUCCCACUUGUGUAUCCACAACCGACGCCGCUAUGGAUGCGAUGUCUACGAUGGUCGAGAAUCACUUCCGUCACCUGCCCGUUGUUGACGAGCAAGGAGGUGUCGUUGGAUUGCUGGAUAUUGCCAAGUGUUUGAACGAUGCAAUCAGCAAAUUGGAGAAAUCUCAAUCAAAGACUGACGACUCUGCACAGGUAGCCCUACAACAAGCGAUGACAGCACAAGGAGCACAGGGCGCCCAAGCUGCUGCUUUGCAUGCUCUGCUUGGUCCCUUGAUGGCAAAGGCGUUUGGGAAUCAAUCAGCGCCAACUCUUCGUAGCUUGCUCGCUGGGAAACCAGGUACAGUUGUUUCCCCCGAGACAUCAGUUCGAGAUGCUGGAAUGCUGAUGGCUGAGCGAAGAAAGGCUGCACUUGUCGUUGAUAAUGGCGAGCUGGUGGGUAUCUUUGGUUUCAAGGAUAUGAUGACUCGUGUUAUUGCGAAGGAGUUGUCUGUAGACUACACGGAGAUCAGUAAGGUGAUGACGCCGAAUCCAGAGGCCGUAUCUCCGGACCUGACUGUUGUGGAGGCACUGCAAACGAUGCACGACCACAAGUUUUUGACGCUGCCUGUUUGUGAGGACGAUGGUACGGUUGUUGGCUUGGUCGAUGUAAUGGAUGUGAUCUAUGGGUGUGGUGGAGCCGAAGGAUGGCGAUCAAUAUUUAAUAGUUCUUUGGAAAUGGACGAUCUGUCGGAUACAGCAUCAGUGCGGAGUGACAACCGAAGCAGUUCCGGAAGGUCUACUCGUUCCAAGAAAAGUCAGAGGAGCGUGGCCAAGGAAAUUCGUCCGGUGUCCAAACUCCGCCCGAAGAAGCCAUUGAUUUCAUCCACUGACGAUAGCGUGCUUGCUGUCACUCAAAUGCUGGCUAGCAAGCGUGGUGAUGCAUCUCUCAUUGUGAGCAACGAAGGAGGGCUUGCAGGUAUCGUUACUGAUACCGAUAUCACACGUCGACUCGUGGCAAAAAAUCUCAAUGCUGCAUCUACAAGUGUUUCGUUGGUGAUGACACCGAAUCCCACUUGUGUAUCCACAACCGACGCCGCUAUGGAUGCGAUGUCUACGAUGGUCGAGAAUCACUUCCGUCACCUGCCCGUUGUUGACGAGCAAGGAGGUGUCGUUGGAUUGCUGGAUAUUGCCAAGUGUUUGAACGAUGCAAUCAGCAAAUUGGAGAAAUCUCAAUCAAAGACUGACGACUCUGCACAGGUAGCCCUACAACAAGCGAUGACAGCACAAGGAGCACAGGGCGCCCAAGCUGCUGCUUUGCAUGCUCUUCUUGGUCCCUUGAUGGCAAAGGCGUUUGGGAAUCAAUCAGCGCCAACUCUUCGUAGCUUGCUCGCUGGGAAACCAGGUACAGUUGUUUCCCCCGAGACAUCAGUUCGAGAUGCUGGAAUGCUGAUGGCUGAGCGAAGAAAGGCUGCACUUGUCGUUGAUAAUGGCGAGCUGGUGGGUAUCUUUGGUUUCAAGGAUAUGAUGACUCGUGUUAUUGCGAAGGAGUUGUCUGUAGACUACACGGAGAUCAGUAAGGUGAUGACGCCGAAUCCAGAGGCCGUAUCUCCGGACCUGACUGUUGUGGAGGCACUGCAAACGAUGCACGACAAUCGAUUUCUCACACUGCCCGUUUGUGAGGACGAUGGUACGGUUGUUGGCUUGGUCGAUGUAAUGGAUGUGAUCUAUGGGUGUGGUGGAGCCGAAGGAUGGCGAUCAAUAUUUAGUAGUUCUUUGGAAAUGGACGAUCUGUCGGAUACAGCAUCAGUGCGGAGUGACAACCGAAGCAGUUCCGGAAGGUCUACUCGUUCCAAGAAAAGUCAGAGCAGCGUGGCCAAGGAAAUUCGUCCGGUGUCCAAACUCCGCCCGAAGAAGCCUUUGAUUUCGUCCACAGAUGAUAGUGUACUCGCUGUCACUCAGAUGCUGGCCAGCAAGCGUGGGGAUGCAUCGUUGAUCGUCAGCGACGAAGGUGGUCUCGCUGGAAUCAUCACUGAUACAGACAUCACGCGUCGACUCGUGGCAAAAAAUCUCAAUGCUGCAUCUACAUGUGUUUCUUUGGUGAUGACACCGAAUCCCACUUGUGUAUCCACAACCGACGCCGCUAUGGAUGCGAUGUCUACGAUGGUCGAGAAUCACUUCCGUCACCUGCCCGUUGUUGACGAGCAAGGAGGUGUCGUUGGAUUGCUGGAUAUUGCCAAGUGUUUGAACGAUGCAAUCAGCAAAUUGGAGAAAUCUCAAUCAAAGACUGACGACUCUGCACAGGUAGCCCUACAACAAGCGAUGACAGCACAAGGAGCACAGGGCGCCCAAGCUGCUGCUUUGCAUGCUCUUCUUGGUCCCUUGAUGGCAAAGGCGUUUGGGAAUCAAUCAGCGCCAACUCUUCGUAGCUUGCUCGCUGGGAAACCAGGUACAGUUGUUUCCCCCGAGACAUCAGUUCGAGAUGCUGGAAUGCUGAUGGCUGAGCGAAGAAAGGCUGCACUUGUCGUUGAUAAUGGCGAGCUGGUGGGUAUCUUUGGUUUCAAGGAUAUGAUGACUCGUGUUAUUGCGAAGGAGUUGUCUGUAGACUACACGGAGAUCAGUAAGGUGAUGACGCCGAAUCCAGAGGCCGUAUCUCCGGACCUGACUGUUGUGGAGGCACUGCAAACGAUGCACGACCACAAGUUUUUGACGCUGCCUGUUUGUGAGGACGAUGGUACGGUUGUUGGCUUGGUCGAUGUAAUGGAUGUGAUCUAUGGGUGUGGUGGAGCCGAAGGAUGGCGAUCAAUAUUUAAUAGUUCUUUGGAAAUGGACGAUCUGUCGGAUACAGCAUCAGUGCGGAGUGACAACCGAAGCAGUUCCGGAAGGUCUACUCGUUCCAAGAAAAGUCAGAGGAGCGUGGCCAAGGAAAUUCGUCCGGUGUCCAAACUCCGCCCGAAGAAGCCAUUGAUUUCAUCCACUGACGAUAGCGUGCUUGCUGUCACUCAAAUGCUGGCUAGCAAGCGUGGUGAUGCAUCUCUCAUUGUGAGCAACGAAGGAGGGCUUGCAGGUAUCGUUACUGAUACCGAUAUCACACGUCGACUCGUGGCAAAAAAUCUCAAUGCUGCAUCUACAAGUGUUUCGUUGGUGAUGACACCGAAUCCCACUUGUGUAUCCACAACCGACGCCGCUAUGGAUGCGAUGUCUACGAUGGUCGAGAAUCACUUCCGUCACCUGCCCGUUGUUGACGAGCAAGGAGGUGUCGUUGGAUUGCUGGAUAUUGCCAAGUGUUUGAACGAUGCAAUCAGCAAAUUGGAGAAAUCUCAAUCAAAGACUGACGACUCUGCACAGGUAGCCCUACAACAAGCGAUGACAGCACAAGGAGCACAGGGCGCCCAAGCUGCUGCUUUGCAUGCUCUUCUUGGUCCCUUGAUGGCAAAGGCGUUUGGGAAUCAAUCAGCGCCAACUCUUCGUAGCUUGCUCGCUGGGAAACCAGGUACAGUUGUUUCCCCCGAGACAUCAGUUCGAGAUGCUGGAAUGCUGAUGGCUGAGCGAAGAAAGGCUGCACUUGUCGUUGAUAAUGGCGAGCUGGUGGGUAUCUUUGGUUUCAAGGAUAUGAUGACUCGUGUUAUUGCGAAGGAGUUGUCUGUAGACUACACAGAGAUCAGCACUGUGAUGACCCCAAGCCCAGAGGCCGUAUCACCUGACCUUACCGCUUUGGAAGCUUUGGAAACGAUGCACGACCACAAGUUUUUGACGCUGCCCGUUUGUGAGGACGAUGGUACGGUUGUUGGCUUGGUCGAUGUAAUGGAUGUGAUCUAUGGGUGUGGUGGAGCCGAAGGAUGGCGAUCCAUAUUUGGCAGCUCACUUGAACUUGAAGAUCUAUCCGAUACUGCGUCUGUCUUGAGCGAGAAUAGGAGUACGUCCGGUAGAUCCACUCGUUCCAAAAAAUCCAAGAAGACUAUUGUUGAAGAAAUUCGUCCUGUAUCAAAGCUCCGUCCCAAGAAGCCUUUGAUUUCGUCGACAGAUGAUAGCGUGCUUGCUGUCACUCAGAUGCUGGCCAGCAAGCGUGGGGAUGCAUCUCUCGUUGUGAGUAAUGAAGGGGGUCUUGCAGGUAUCGUUACUGAUACCGAUAUUACACGUCGACUCGUGGCAAAAAAUCUCAAUGCUGCGUCGGCCAGCGUAUCUGCAAUCAUGACACCGAAUCCCACUUGUGUAUCCACAACCGACGCCGCUAUGGAUGCGAUGUCUACGAUGGUCGAGAAUCACUUCCGUCACUUGCCUGUUGUUGACGAGCAAGGAGGUGUCGUUGGAUUGCUGGAUAUUGCCAAGUGUUUGAACGACGCAAUCAGCAAAUUGGAGAAAUCUCAAUCAAAGACUGACGACUCUGCACAGGUAGCCCUACAACAAGCGAUGACAGCACAAGGAGCACAGGGCGCCCAAGCUGCUGCUUUGCAUGCUCUGCUUGGUCCCUUGAUGGCAAAGGCGUUUGGGAAUCAAUCAGCGCCAACUCUUCGUAGCUUGCUCGCUGGGAAACCAGGUACAGUUGUUUCCCCCGAGACAUCAGUUCGAGAUGCUGGAAUGCUGAUGGCUGAGCGAAGAAAGGCUGCACUUGUCGUUGAUAAUGGCGAGCUGGUGGGUAUCUUUGGUUUCAAGGAUAUGAUGACUCGUGUUAUUGCGAAGGAGUUGUCUGUAGACUACACGGAGAUCAGUAAGGUGAUGACGCCGAAUCCAGAGGCCGUAUCUCCGGACCUGACUGUUGUGGAGGCACUGCAAACGAUGCACGACCACAAGUUUUUGACGCUGCCCGUUUGUGAGGACGAUGGUACGGUUGUUGGCUUGGUCGAUGUAAUGGAUGUGAUCUAUGGGUGUGGUGGAGCCGAAGGAUGGCGAUCAAUAUUUAGUAGUUCUUUGGAAAUGGACGAUCUGUCGGAUACAGUCUCGUUACAAAGUGGACGCAGAAGCGCUGUAGGCAGCCGGGUAGGAACUGUCAAGUCAACAAAGUCUAAGCGAUCGAAGGACGAGAGAACAGUGUCGAUGCUCAGACCUAAGAGACCAGUCAUUGCUCUUUCAAGAGACACUGUGUCAGAUGUUUGUAAGCUAUUGGAAUCAAAGCGUUGCGAUGCUGCAAUUCUUGUUGAUGAGGAAGGUGCUUUGGCGGGAAUCAUCACGGAUACAGAUGUCACUAGACGGGUAGUCGCAAAACGUCUGAAUCCAACCUCGAGCUUGGUAGAAGAUGUAAUGACACCUGACCCACAAUGUGUGUCAAAAUCUGAUAUUGCAAUGGAUGCCAUGACGAUCAUGGUUGAAAAUCACUUUCGACAUUUGCCAGUUUUGGACGAGGAAGGAGCUGUCACGGGAAUCCUAGACAUUGCAAAAUGCCUGAACGAUGCUAUUUCGAAGCUUGAGAAGCUGAAAUCGAAGUCCAACCAGUCGACAGAAGUUUUGAUCAAUCAAGCUCUUCAAGGCAGCGGAAACGGAGAAGCUCUGCAGGCAUUGCUUGGACCUCUAUUAAGCCAAAAACUUGGUUCAAACUCAACGCCUACACUCAGAAGCAUUCUAUCUGAUCGCCCGUCAACUGUUGUUACACCAGAGACAAGUGUUCUGAGUGCCGCACUUCUCAUGGCAGAAAAUAGAAAGGCAUCCUUGGUUGUUGAUGAUGGUCAUCUAGUUGGAAUCUUUGGGUUUAAAGACAUUAUGAUACGCGUGGUUGCAGCUGAUCUGGAUGUUGAGACUACCUGUGUUAAUGAGGUGAUGACACCAGAGCCUGAAUUUGUUUCUCCCGAGAUUACAGUUCUCGAGGCUCUUCAAGUGAUGCACGAAGAAAAAUACCUCACACUGCCGGUCUGCGAAGAAGAUGGAACUGUAGUUGGUCUAGUUGACGUCAUGGACGUGAUUUUUUCGUGUGGCGGGGCCGAAGGUUGGCGUUCAGUGUUCGACAGUGCCUUGGACAUCGCUGAUGAUGAAGCAACAGAUAACCAAUCAGUUAGCGUUCGUUCAGUACGUGUCAAGGGUGUGGGUUCUGCCAGGAAAACAUCACCCGCAAUCAAGGUUGCAAAAGACGCACCAUUUGUCAUGGCACAACUGCCUGGAAAUAUUCCAACUACCCUCGAGUUUACUGAAGACGAUCAUCAUGACUUGGAUGGUGACAUAACGCUUUUGAGUGACACAAGAACAUCGUCAUCAACCCCUAUUUUGCAGUUCAAGGUUGUCGAUCCUUCUGGGCACACACACCGUGUCAAAUCUGAUAGCAAAUUAUCAAGCCUGAUCGAUGCGUUCGCUGAGAAAGUCAAGAUCAACAAAAAGUGUAUUCAAUUCAAGUUUAUUGAUGAUGAAGGAGAUACAAUCUUGAUUACAAGCGACGAUGAUCUGGUUGAUGCAAUCAAACUCUCACGAUCCGCUGGUGGUUCAUCGGCGAAGGCCUUGGUCAAACUUACAGCCGUAGAGAUUCCAGGAGGCAUGGACUCCUCAGUUGUUUAUGCUGGAGCGGCAGCUGCAGUUGCGAUGGUUGGCUUUGUGGCUAUGAGUUUCUUGAAGAAAGCUCACGUGGAAGAAAUGAAAAAUAGAAUUUCCGAUUUCACAUUUCAUCUACCGUACCUUUCUCCUGAGGAAAACAUCGUCCUUAGAUUUUCAAAUCCUCAGUUGCAAAGCGUAAACAAGCCGGUUCCAACAUGCAUGUUCAGUGAGCGAUUCAAUCGAGAUAUAUCUGAAAGGUCAAGAGAAAAGGCUCAAGGGCAGGGUGGUGGAUCAAUGGCUGCUGGAGCAAUUCUUGGAGGCUUGAUCGGAGGGCCAUUCGGAGUACUAUUUGGAGCACAAAUUGGCGCGAACCUUGGGUCAAAAAAUGCGAUGAAUCGGGCACGUGAAGAAGAGAUGGAGCGACUUGGGAUUACUCAAGACAUGUUAGAUGCGGCACAAGAGUGCGGUGUAGCCCUGGAUCAGUCUAUGGAAGCACUUCAAGCAUCACAGGCAAGCUUAGAAACCCAGCAAAGUCUUGCAAGACGCCUAGACAGAGAUUCUAAUGAACUAUACGAAAAAGCCAAGGAUGCGAUGACAAAUGGUGAUGAAGAUAUUGCUCGGUCCUUUUUGCUGCAGCGAAACCAAGCACAAGAGAAACUGAAAGGAGUACUCAGGAUGUGUGCAGAGGAAAAGAAACGGCUAGAAGCGAUGAAAGAGAAUGUGGCUGCAAUCGAAAAGCGAGCCCUGGAAGUGGAAGCAAUGUUGCAACGAACAGUUAGCUCGAAGAGUCGAAUGAAUGCUUCAAUCAACGCUGACGUUAGUGAUUUCUCUAUGCCAGCUGAAGAUCCGCUGCUCAAAAAGUUCCGUGAUAUGGGCAUUGAUUGA